AUGGAUAUUAAAAUCUCAAUUGCUUUAACAUUACUUUUAACAAUUUGCUAUCAAGCACAAGGACAGAAAACGCAAAUGCAAAACGUUGCGGCUGAUUGUCCGAGCUUGACUGAUGGCGACAACUACACACAAUCAGAGUUCCUAUCCCGGCUGGCCAACCAGUGCCGCUAUGAUCGACUGCUGCUGCCUACCUACACCACUGGUGACGUAGUGUAUGUGCAUGCUAGCGCCUACGUCUACUUCAUACAGCCCGCCGAGGCUCAUGAUUUGAACUUCAAACUUCAUUUUCUGCUUCAACUUCGAUGGACUGAUCCACGGUUAGCGUAUAAAUUAUUCUCACCGGACAGAUUAAAGAUUAUCGGUGAAAGUGAUUUAAGAGAAAGGAUAUGGGUUCCGCAUCUGUACAUGUCCAACGAACAGUCCUCAAGUUUGAUGGGUACGGACAGCAAAGACGUGCUGAUAUCGAUAUCACCUACCGGCGAGGUGCUGUUCAGCAGACGCAUGCAAGCUGUACUCUACUGCUGGAUGAAUCUACAAAAGUUUCCGUUCGACGAUCAAACUUGCUCAAUGAAUUUGGAGAGCUGGAAAUACAAUGCAUCCAUCUUAAGGCUAAUGUGGGAAAAAGACAGCCCAGUCCGGUUAUCGUCGGAGCUACACCUAACGGAAUAUUCUCUACUGGAUUUUUGGACGAAUGAGUCAGUUGUUCGUGGGGAUAUUGUCAACAUGCGUCUCGGCGAAGGAAGAUCCGGAAACUAUAGCGCCUUAAAAUUCACGUUCAAACUGGGUCGUGAAGUGGGUUACUAUCUGAUGGAUUACUUUAUUCCUUCGAUGAUGAUCGUCGCUAUGUCAUGGGUCACAUUUUGGCUGCAAGCAGACGCAUCGGCACCUAGAAUAACACUAGGUACAAGCACGAUGUUAUCGUUCAUCACAUUGGCGUCCUCCCAGGCGAAAACGUUACCAAAGGUGUCCUACAUCAAAGCCAGUGAGAUCUGGUUCCUGGGUUGCAUUGGCUUUAUCUUCUCUGCAUUAGUCGAAUUCGCUUUCGUCAACACCAUUUGGCGUAGAAAGAAAGCGGUUAGUCUGAAGAAAGUGAACAGUAAAUACAUAUUGAAGAGCACGCUGACACCGCGGCUGGCUCGCAAGGAGCUGCAGAAAGAGUUGCAGGAGUCGUCGCCGCAGCUCAGCAAGUCACGGUCAUGUUCCUCGCUCAACCAGGAGACCAGCACCGACCCUGCAGGACCUGGAUACAACAACUACCUUACCGUACAUAGCUUCCCAUCUGCAAUGAACCUGCCGACCAUCACGACACAGAGCUUCGACGACCUAAUCGGGCAGGGAGGCAAACAGCAGAGAGGCAACGGCAGCGAAGGUUCGGACGAGCCUCCCAAACACAACUGGACCACCAUGACGCCCCAGGAGAUCGCCACAUGGAUCGACAAACGUUCCCGAAUCAUGUUCCCACUCUUAUUCAUCGUCUUCAAUAUUUUGUACUGGACUUUUGUUUACUGCCUAUAA